GGGCAACAGCACCAUCUGGUGAUUAAGGAAUCUGCUAAUGAGCCUACAGUGACUUGUUUACCUUUUUAUUGCACACUGACUCGCCGUGUGUUACCGGAAGCUCUUCUGUGUAAAGCGAUAAAUUUGUCAGCCAUCUUUGUUGCUGGCAAUGUAGCAAUUAAAGCUGUGUACAAGGACGGGGAAGAAGCGUCAGUUCAACUAAGCGUAUGCUUUCUAGAACAUGGUUGUUUGCCCUUACUGGGAGGCCUUUCUGCAUGUGAUACGACUGUGAAGGUCAGAUCACCGUGCUUGGAAAAAUUGGGGUUACAGGCCUAAGGCUGAACAGUGACAUUACACCUGACAGGAACCAAUGUUUCUGCGUCCAGCUGUCUUAAGUCGCAGUCUUUGCACCAAAGAUCUUCAGCAUCUUCCUAAUGAUUUCCUGACCAAAGUGACAGAGGAGCGGUGCCGCCAGAUUCUGGCCAAGAACCCUCUACCUCAGAAAGCCUCAGCAGGUGUCCUGGUGACAUUAUGCAUCUCUGAAGGUGUUCCCUCUUUUCUUUACACCCUGAGAUCCUCUAAACUCAAAGGAAGACAUAAGGGAGAUGUAAGCUUUCCAGGAGGCAAGUGUGAUUCGUCAGAUAGAGAUGUGAUAGAUACAGCAUUAAGGGAAGCACAAGAGGAACUUGGAAUAACACUGUCUCGUAGCACAGUCUGGGGCCCAAUGAAGCCAAUCACUGACUGGACAGGCAUGGUAAUAGUGCCAAUCCUAGCAAAUAUAGGAUGUCUUGAAGAUCUGGCAGCAAAACCUAAUUCAGAAGAGGUGGAAUCACUUCUUACUCUCCAACUUUCACUGGCAUGUACAAGCUCCAUUCAUGGAUACACGUGUUUCCGCCAGCGUGGGCGCUAUGCCUACACUCUACCAGUCUUCCAGCUCCCAGGACACAAGGUGUGGGGGCUCACAGCCAUGAUGACAGACUCUGCCCUUUCCCUAUUGUUCCCUGGCACAUAUCGCAGUGUCCUCACUGGCUCUCGAACUCAGUGACCUUUCAAAAUUGCUAUGUAUCCAUAAGUAAAAUAAAGAGUUGUAUUCACAAAUUAAGCUUUGUUU